CUUGCGGACCUUCGAUCUCUCUUGCGGGCGCUAUUUAUUGAUCCUUAUUGAAGUACCUUGACUUUGGUAUACUCACCGCGUCCCGAUUCUCCCCUAAGAUUCUCACCAUGGAACGCUCAACUGGGUUGUCCGGCGCGUCUCCCGCAACACCCGCCACUCUUGCGGACCUUCAGAAGCACACCCAUGACCAUGCAGACACUUCAAUGACAUUUGAGUACACCGAACAACUUCUUACCCCCGAGAACAGUCGCUCCGAGACCUCAAGCAACAAUGAGAACGCGUCCCACGAAGAGAAACCGACUCAACGCCGACGAUCAACACGUGUAACACGCGCUUCGCUGCGGGGGGGACUCCGACCAGACGAUCUGGUCGGGGCGGGUAAACACAAUGGCUCAUCUCUUGGAGGCGAGAACGAUCAAUCACUUCCCGGUCAUGGUGAACCCCCCGUUGCGGAGAAGCCGAAGCGAUCAUCCUCUUCCUCCGCCUCCCACCUCCGCCACAGCAUAGCGGUAAUGGAAACAACCCUCUGGGCCGACGAGCAGUCGAGCCUUGGCAACCACCCCAUGACCCCGGAGACGCAGGCUUCCGAGAAAUCAUCACAGGAGCCGCCGUCCGAGGACAUUACCACGUCUGUGCAGCGACGGAGUCUCCGCAGGCGCGUGGAGCAGGUGCUGACCGAGAAGAAGGCGCAGGAGAAGGUUACAACCAUCGUGGAAGCUGUCAAGGAGAGCAGUCCCAGGCCCACCCGACGCUCAUCGCGGCUGAGCCUCUUGGAGAAGGCGUCAGACUUGGUGGACCGGGCGACCAGCGUCCUGGGAAAGCGCUCGCGUGAUGAGACGGAAAAGGGCAAAGACAGCGGCGAGCGUCGGUCCGGACUACGACCGCGCAAUGUCGUCGCCCCAAGCAAUGAAGAGCAGCCGGUCUCUGCACCUGCAAGUGACCCUUCGUCGAAGAAGAGACGGGUCUCGGAAAGUGACUUGCCUGCUGCGGCCAAGGCUGCUGGAGACACCGCGCAGGAAGUAACGGCACCUGCACCACCCCCCGUGCCGCGCCUCAAACGCAAGCGCUGGCUGGCUCAUGGAUUGUACACCGGACAAGAGCGCGAGGAUGGACCGCCCAGUCAAAGUCGGAGUAGGAACAGAAGAAAGAGUCAGAACAACAAGAACGAAGCUCCGCCUCAGCGACGGCUGUUACCAAUGCCCAUGUUUGCGGGAGAAAGACUCCUGCAGCGUGGAAGAGACUUCCAGCUUCCGUUCGAUGUCUUCUCGCCGCUGCCCCCCGGUCAACCAAAGCCUGACGAGUGGAGAAAGACCAAUAAAAACGUUUUUGUGGGAGAUGCUGGGAGCAUAUGGCGCGCAAACAAGCACAUCGACUUGUCGAACUGUAUGUGUACGGAGGAGACUGGCUGCGACGAAGAUUGCCAGAACCGGCACAUGCUGUACGAGUGUGACGAUGGCAACUGCAGGCUGGGUCCUGAUUGUGGCAACCGGAGUUUCGAAGAGCUCAAGCACAGAGCCAAAGCUGGGGGCAAGUACAACGUUGGUGUCGAGGUCAUUAAGACAGAGGACCGCGGCUACGGAGUACGCAGCAACCGCACCUUCGAGCCCAACCAAGUCAUUGUGGAAUACACAGGUGAAAUCAUCACUCAGACUGAAUGCGAGAGGCGAAUGCGAACGGUUUACAAGAACAAUGAGUGCUACUAUUUGAUGUACUUUGAUCAAAACAUGAUCAUCGAUGCUACUCGGGGGUCGAUUGCUCGCUUCGUGAAUCAUUCAUGUGAACCGAACUGUCGCAUGGAGAAGUGGACAGUGGCUGGCAAGCCGCGCAUGGCUCUCUUUGCUGGAGAUCGGGGCAUCAUGACCGGGGAGGAGUUGACCUAUGACUACAACUUCGACCCCUAUUCCCAGAAGAACGUCCAACAGUGUCGAUGCGGCGCCUCUAAUUGCCGUGGGAUCCUGGGCCCGCGACCAAGGGAGAAGGACCGGCGCGCCAAAGAGCAAGACGAAAGGCAGAAGCUGGCCGCCUUGAAGAAGCCAGUUAUCAAGCGGAAGGCCAGCACUGUGCUCAGCAAAUCCCCUUCAGGUGUGACCAAGAACCGAAAGAUUCUUACGACCAAGGCAGUCAAGGCAGGUGUGAAGAAGGCGGUCGCACGCGCCCGUGCUUCCGUGUCAAAAUCGACUUCUGCUCGUUCCAAGCAAGCCGUCACCAAGCCGACGAGCAAGACAGCCAAAGCGACUACCAAACCGCGAGCCAGCACGAAAGCACCUACGACGAAACGAACAUCGAAACCUGAACCCACGAAAACCAAGAUCAAGCUUCCCACCGUCAAGGCAACCAAGGCGAAGGCUAGAGCCGCGAUGCCCAAGAAGUCCACGCAGACUAAGACCCCAAAGACGCCGGACGCGAAGUCUGCAAAGGCCUCGGCGCCAACAAAGACAACAUCCAAGCUUAAUCGGCCCUCUGCAGCCACCAAGGCGAAGAUUCUCGCAGCAGCGAAGGGCACGAACUCACGAAAACGGCCGACAUCAAAGAAGGAAGAGAGCAAGGGUACCUCCAAGACCAAAUCACCUGGCAAAGUGGUGAAGCAGAUCCCUAAGAAGCAGCAGAGUGCGACUAAGACUACGAAGACCACGUCUCCGAGAAAGAGCAAGAAAUAGAAGUUCCCCGGAUAUCGCAAUCGCAGCUCCCUCGAAUUUUGGAUGAACUGCUGUUCGUUUCAAGUUCUGGUGACUGAUCCCUUCGUAGAUUUUUUGAGAGGUGCUUUUUUUGUUCGUCUUUGGCGUG